AUGAGUUACGGGCUGGGAGGUGCCUGUGAAACUGCUAGUAAUAUUAGUACUUGCACAGACGGUGAAUAUCAUCAAUAUAUUAGUCACUAUAAUACUCCUAGUCGUUCCCACCAACAAUCAAGACCAUAUUCAAACGGCUUCCAAAAUCCUAUAAUGCUCAAUGGUCACAAUAGAUUAGAUGAUACUGAAGAACAUCAACAACAGAUAGAUGGUGAUUAUGAAGAAAUCGCACCUGAUCGACCUAGAUUACUUAUGUGGGGUUUAACAAAAAGUGGUAAAACAUCGAUUAUUAAACUUAUUUUUGAAAAAAUGACAGCCGGUGAAACACUUCAACUUCCAGAAACAAAAAUUAUUCAAAUACAUGAACUCACUUGUGGAAUUCAUGUCAGAUUUCAAAUCCGUGAUGUACCCGGUCCAAAAACAGCAUCUUUACUUGAUUAUGAUACAUAUUCAUCUGAAUGUACUACAAUUGUUUUUAUACUUGAUGCAACAGAUGAUUGUUCAGAUUCAAUUAAUUUAUUAGUUAGCUCUGUGCAAUGGAUGCAUUCAAAAGGACUAGAUGUUCGAUUUGAAGUAUUAAUUCAUAAAAUUGAUGGUGUACAUGAACAAGAUCGUUUAGAUCGUUAUUCACAUAUUCAGCAACAAGUAACUGUUAUGUUACAUGAAUGUUCUAUAGAAGCACCACUUAUAAAUUUUUAUUUGACAAGUAUUUAUGAUCAUUCAAUAUUUGAAGCAUUUAGUAAAAUCGUUCAAAAUCAAAUGAGACAAUUACGUGUAUUAGAAAAUAUGCUUGAUUUAGUAACAGCGACGACUCAAUUGGAUAAGAUCUUUGUGUGUGAUAUUUAUAAUAAAAUAUUUCUUGCAUCAGACACAAAACCCGUUGAAAGUCAAAUAUCAGAAUUAUGUUGUGAUGUUGUUGAUGUUUAUACGGACAUAUCGUCUAUAUAUGGAAAAAGUAACAGCCCGGUGCUUGAUCCAUCGUCCUAUUGUACUAUUGAACUUUCAAUAGGUCUUGUUUUAUAUUUAAAAGAUAUCAAUGAGACAACGGCAUUAAUAUGUAUUUUAAAAAAAGAAUCUAAUAUUAACGGAGCUUUGAUGGAAGUUAAUUUAAAUAUUCUUAAACAAAAUAUUCAAGAAUUAUUUGUUGCUAAUUCAAAUUAUUCACCACGACAACAAUUAAAUACAUCCACUGAAUGA